AUGUUCGACGUCGAGGGCCGCUAUCUGCAGAGCCUGCCGCCGUCCGCUUGCGGGCCGCCGCUCGGUGCGGCGUUCGAAGCCAAGCGCGGCCUUUUCCUGGUGGCCCGCCCCAGCAACCAUCGCGUGAGCGUCUACGACGCCGCCAACGGUCAGCUGUUCAGGCGGCCCGGCAGCGUGGCGGUGGACUCGGCCGCGGGCCGAGUGGUCGUGGCGGACUGGGGCAACGGGCGGCUGCAGGUGCUGGACGACCAAGGCGGCGGCUGGAUCUGUUGCAUGGGAACCAGGGGCUCGGAACCCGGCCAGUUCUCCAAUCUGCGCGAGGUGGCCGUCGACGCGGAGGGUCGUAUCUAUGCAACCGACGACGUGCAGCAUCGCGUCCACGUGUUCGACUCGCGCGGCGACUUCGUGCGAACGUUUGGCGAAGGGCACCUCCGACGGCCGCGAGGGGUAGCCGUGCUGGAUGAGACGGGCCACGUGCUCGUAACCAGCUUCGGGAGCGACGAGGUCCAGGUCUUCCACAAGGCCGACGGGAGCCAUGCGGGGCUCUUCAGUUCGUGGUGCACGGCAAGGCCCGCCUUCAGGCGUCCGAUGUGUGUCGUCGUCAACGCCGAGACCAGAAAGGUCUACGUUGCGGACGGCGUCGGGGUUCAUACCUUUACCUACGAAGUUUAA